CAAUUCAACCCUCCGCUACGCCCCAAUCCCCUCCCCUUCGCUCCCCACUCUCUUUCAUCGCGCCGUGGUAUUCCCUGACUCCUCGUCAUCACGCGCAAAACCACAUUCUUUUUUCUUAUCCAGCCCCCCUUUUGCUCUAAAGUGCCCACGAUGAAGACGACUCUCUGCACCAUCGCAGCCAUCGCGGCCGCUCUCUCGUCGUUCACGACGCCCGCUGAGGCCGCCCACAACACCCACCACGGCGCCAUUCGUCGCGCUCACUCUUACCCUCGAAGGGGAGAGACGUACCAAGGCAAGGCGACCUUCUACAACACUGAAACCGGAAACGCUGGAUCGUGCGGUUCGUACCUCAAGAACUCGGGCUACACCGUCGCCCUCAACCGACCUCAGUACUCGCAGUCAUGGUGCGGCAAGACGAUCACCAUCACGGCCAAUGGCAAGUCGCACGAGGCCACCAUCCAGGACGAGUGCCCCGGAGAUGGCGAGACGUGCAAGUGGGGCGCCCUCGACAUGAGCCCUGCCCUCUUCAACUACUUUGCCGACCCGUCGCUCGGUGUCAUCGAUAUGAGCUGGUCCGUCGGCGGUGGUGGCGGUGGUGGCCUCCUCGGUGGCCUCCUCGGCGGCGGUAACAAGGGUAACGACGACGACAGCAGCAGCCAGAAGUCGAGCGGCAACUCGAACAAGAACAACAACAACGACGACGACGAUGACAGCGCUGCCAAGGCUGCUGCUGCCAAGUCCGCCGCUGCUGAGGCCAGCAAGUCCUCUGCUGCUGCUGCCGCCGCUGCUAGCAAGACUGCCGCUGCUGAGGCCGCUGCGGAAUCUGCUUCUGCUGCCGCUGAGGCUAGCAAGUCGUCUGCUGCUGCGUACGCCUCGUCAACAAAGGCGGCUGCCAGCGCCUCGGCAUCCAAGGCCGCGGUUGCAAGCGCCUCGUCCGUCUCAUCAGCAAGUCGCGCGUCGGUCAAAUCAGUGGCGAGUGUCUCCCGCGCCUCGGUCCAACACAAGUCCUACCUCGCAUCAAAGUCGAGCGCCUCUGCCUCCAAGUCGAGCGCUUCGGUCGCAUCCGUCUCUCGUUCCAAGGUGAGCGUCGCAGCGUAGCAGCAGCGCGCGUCGGGCUGCUGGGCUGCGAUGAAGCAAGGGAACGGGGGGCAUGCGGACCGAAGUUAGCAGCUUCGAUUUGGAGGCGGGGGCGUGACACACGCGCGCGCGCAUAGAUAUCACAGAUGCCUCCCCUCCCCUCCCCUACC